UACAGGUAAUAAAUUAUUUUGUCAAACAAUGCAUACCUCCAACAGUUUGUGUUGAUAACAGAUGUUAUAUCUGUAUAAUAUCUUUUUUAUUUCUAGUACUUUGAAAGGCUAUAGUAGUGUCUAUUUUAACGUUUCGCGCUAAGAGGCGGACGCGUGCAUGAGGAAAAAUAAUAUUAUUAAUAUUGUUACUUAAUUACCGUGAAGUGCCUUAAACAUGAAACAACUAUGUACAUAUUAAAUUACAAAGGAUAAAACGUAUUCAUAUUAUAAUUACAAGUGUCAACGAACAAUGACUUACGGAACACAUGUUAUUACUGCCGUUGGCAAUAUUACAGACGAAAAACUUAACGAUUCCUCAGAAGUGAAGUGGUGGAACGUGCAAUGGAAGCCAAUUCUUGCCGAGUUCGUAUCAACGUUUUUACUCGUUUUCCUUGGCUGUAUGACAUGCAUCCCCCUAGACGGAUUAGCAACUCAGUCGCCGCUCUAUGUGUCUAUUGGAUUCGGACUGAUAGUUCUAUUCAAUAUCACUGCUUUCGGCCACAUAUCUGGAGCGCAUAUGAAUCCAUCGGUUACCCUAACAUCCGUGAUUUGGGGUAAAACGUCUAUUGGCCUCGGAAUCGGAUACGUUAUUGCUCAAUGUGUCGGUGCGAUCGUAGGGUACGGGCUAUUAAUUAUAGUAUCGCCCUUUGAUUUAAUACCGGGAGCAAUCUGUACCACUCAGCCUCGUGUAGACAUGAAUCCGUACCAGGCACUUAUCGUUGAGAUAAUUUUAUCAUCGGCUUUGGGUUUCAUUAACUGUGCCGUAUGGGAUCCGGUAAAUGUGGAUAAAGAUGAGGCGAAUUCCUUGAAAUUUGGCUUGACCAUUGCUGCGUUUUCAAUUGCUGGAGGACCUUUGACAGGUGCAAGUAUGAAUCCAGCGAGAUCAUUAGGUCCCUCCGUAUGGACUAACAAUUGGAAUACGCACUGGGUGUACUGGGUUGGUCCACUUAUAGGAGGUGCGUUUGCCGGUGUAUUUUAUAAAUUAAUUUGGUUCAAACGUUAAAAGGAUGGUUUAUAUAAUACUCAAUAAGAUUUCAUAAUUUUCUGCUCGAAUAAACCAUUCGACAGGUGUUAUUUGUAUAAUAAUAUUGAUUUGUAAAAUAUUAAAAAUAUAAAUCGAAUAUCGUAAUAUAUAUUAUAUACAUAUAAAAGAAAAAAUAAUAUUCCUAUUAUUAUAAAAACAUUAUAAUAUUAAUUAAAUUUGUCAUGACUGACUGGAACUGUACUAGAAAAACUGGAAUCUCUACUAUUAAAAUUGAUAUUUAGUUUAAGGAAAAUAACAAAACAAAGAAGCUACGCAGUCACAAAACAACGACAUAUAGCUGUUUGACUACAGAAACUUUUUAUAGUCAAAAUCGUUAAAAUGUAUAAGAUUGUUCGUAAUAGAUAAUUAAAACAUAUACGUAGAAAUAUAGUUUUUAUUGUUUGUAAACAUAAUAAUAAAUGCUAAAAUACA